GCAUUUGGUUUAAAGCGUCCAUUUUUUGGUAAGCACUUCUGGUACAAAUUUCCACAUGGACCAGUGUUAUUAUUUACAGACAACAGACUGUACUGUAAGUAGUUUAAGCAUAAAGUGAUUAAUUUUAGAGCAUUAAGUAGCAUAUAGAAUUUCCAAGAGGGUCAGGGAGCUAAGUUUUGAUACUACAUAAUCAGGAACAACAUAGUGUAGAGAAACCUUAAACUACCUUGGAUUGUUUUAAUGCAAACGCUCCUAUUUCUGUUGCAUGCUACUUGACAUGCAUGAUAUUAAUGGCAUGAGAGUAGAACUUCAGCCACAGUUACCCCAGGAGAUCCAAAUCCUCUUCUCCUUGUUGGAAGCUCUGAUCUCUCUAUGUGGCUGCCACCUGCCAUUGUUUGCUUAUGCAUCACAAGUCUUUAAAAGGAAUUUUGCAAGAGAAUCUUAUAGAAUUUUCUUCUACAAGAAGCAGGACAAGGUGUUUUUCAAGAGUUAAUUUGAAUCCUAUGUGUUCAACUGUUAAAGAUGAAAAACUUCAAGGUAAAAUCAACUGUUAAAGAUGAAACUAUUAAAGAUGAAAAACUUAAAGGGAAGAUCAACAGUAAGGACAAACAGAAGAUUCCUGUCAAGUGUAGUGAAAUCAUCAAGUGGCUUGAUAAGAACCAAACUGAAGAGAAGGAAGAAUUUGAACAUCAGCAGAAAGAGCAGGAAAAAGUGUGCAACCGUGUUGUUUCCAAGCUGUACCAGAGUGUAGGAGGCAUGCCAGGAGGAAUGCCUGGGCAUCCCUGUGGUGGAGCUCCUUCAUCUGGUGAUGCCUCCUCUAGGCCCACCACUGAAGAGAUUGUAUAAGCCAACGUGAGCAUAGAGGUAGCAUUGUUCCACACCAAACACU